UCAGCAAGACCUGGGGCGCCAUCGGCCCCUACCCCCAGGAAGCAAGCUGGUGGCUUAUCCUUGCUGCCCAACGAGAGCCAAACUUUCUUUCCUGGGAAAGCCAAGCACACACUUGCAAGGGCAAAGUUCUGUCCAUGCUUGCUGGGAAGUUCUUCUAUGGUCUGACCUUAACCUCGCCAGCUGCCUUAUCUACCACCCCAAGCCAGUCCUGGCAGCUCUGGAGGACCAGGGACAUGUUUCAAAUAUUUUUUAUUUUUCAUGAUAUAUACUAAGCAUUUACAUGCCAAGCACUGCUUAAGAAUAUGACGUGUUAACUCAUAAUCUUUAUAUAUCCAGCUGUAUGAGGUAGGUACUCUUAUCCCUAUCUUGAUGAGGAAACUGAGGUAGAGAGCGUAAGUAGUUUGCCUAAGAUCACACAGCUAGUGCUGGGGAGGGGGUUAGGGAGUCCUCAGGAUUUGACUCCACCAGGGCCAUCUGGCUCCAGUGUCUAUGCUCUUUUUUUUUUUUAAUUAAAAAGAAAAAAAAUUUUUAAUGUGUAUUUAUUUUUGAAGGAGAAGGAGACAGAGAAUGAGCUGGGGAGGGGCAGAGAGAGAGGGAGACACAGAAUCUGAAGCAGGCUCCAGGCUCUGAGCUGUCAGCACAGAGCCCAACGUGGGGCUUGAACUCACAAACUGAGAUCAUGACCUGAGUCGAAGUUGGACGCUUAACCAACUGAUCCACCCAGGCACCCCUCUUUUUUUUUAAUGUUUUUAAAUGUUUUAUGUAUUUUUGAGAGAGAGAGAGAGAGAGACAGAGUGCAAGUGGGGUGGGGGGUGAUGAGCAGAGAAAGAGGCAGACACAGAAUCCGAAGCAGGCACCAAGCUCUGAUCUGUCAGUACAGAGCCCAGCAUGGGGCUUGAACCCACAAACUGUGAGAUCAUGACCUGAGCCAAAGUCGGAUGCCUAACCGACUGAGCCACCCAGGUGCCCCACCAGUGUCUAUGCUCUUAACACAGCUUCCUCUGUGUUGGGGUCAGGUUUCCUGAACAGUUGGGGCUGGCCUGAGUUAGAAGUCAGAAAGAGAAAAAGAAUGCACACUGAGUGUUCUUCCCUCCUGAUUGAGUCUUCCACCACCUGUAAGAAACAUAGGCACCACUGUAACCCUGUUUCCUGGGGAGGCAGCAGAGAUGUGUUGAGAUUUUCCAGUCUCAUUGCCAGGAAGUAGCAGAGAGCCCCAGCCCUCAAUACUCAGCCCUGCACACACUGCCACUGAAGCAAGAUGGGAGAAGGUAUGUGAAACCCACCUGCACGUGGGUCUGGGGGAGAGGUGGGGAAGCUAAAAUAGAGGGACUAGGAGGGUCUGCCCACAGUGCCCUUCCCAGUUCCCAGAGGACAACUUCCGUGCUGGGAGCAAGUUUGCUCUAUGUUGGACUCUAAGGUUUUUACAUUCAACAAUUCUGAGUUUUUCAGACAAGGCACGUAGGGGCUAAUUGUCCAAGGUCACUCACAUAGUACAUGGGGAAACUGGGAUUUGAACCAAGGCAGUCUGGCCAUGGCUGAGGCGCAGAGAGGGGUGGUGAAUGGCCCAGGGUAACACAGUCACAACCCCAGAGCUAGGAGCUGCUGGCUCCCUUCUGGCACUUGACUCCUAGCCAACUGGGGGGCGGAGCAGAGGUGGAGCUAGGGAGACCCAGGUGGCCUCUCUGAAAACCAGACUACAGGCGGCAGAGUGGCCUGGAGCAGCAUGAAGCAGAGCUGGGGACCAGAGCUGCUCAUCCUGGGAGCAGUGGUUCUCAUGGAGGGUCUUCAAGCAGCUCAACACGGUAAGCUUUGGGGAUAUGCGGCCAGGCCUUCCUUAGGUCUGGCUUGGGCCUGUGAUGAGGGAAGGACAGAGACCUUCUGUCAUUCUGAUCCACCCCUCUCCACAGUAUGUGGGCAGCGUGGCCCUGGCCCCCCCGAGCCUCAGGAGGGCAUCACAGCACCUGGUGAGUGGCCCUGGCAAUCAAGUGUGAGGAGGCGGGGGGUCCACAUCUGCAGCGGAUCCCUAGUGGCAGAUACCUGGGUCCUCACUGCUGCCCACUGCUUUGAAAAGGCAGCAGUGACAGAACUGAACUCCUGGUCAGUUGUCCUGGGUUCUCUGCAACGUGAGGGGCUGAGCCCAGGGGCCGAGGAGGUGGGGGUGACUGCCCUGCAGCUGCCGAGGGCCUAUAACCACUACAGCCAAGGCUCAGACCUGGCCCUGCUCCGACUCGCCCACCCCAUGGCCCGCACACCCCUCUGCUUGCCUCAGUCUACCCAUCGCUUUCCUUUUGGGACCUCCUGCUGGGCUACUGGCUGGGAUCAGGACACCAAUGAUGCUCCCAGGACUCUACGGAAUCUGCGCCUGCGUCUAAUCAGCCGCCCCACGUGUAACUGUCUCUACAACCGGCUGCACCAGCGGUUGCUGGCCAGCCCAGCUCGGCCUGGGAUGCUGUGUGGGGGCGCCCAGCCUGGGGUGCAGGGGCCCUGUCAGGGAGAUUCUGGAGGCCCCGUGCUGUGCCGUGAGCCUGAUGGACAUUGGGUUCAGGCUGGGAUCAUCAGCUUUGCAUCAAGCUGUGCCCAAGAAGACACUCCUGUGCUGCUGACCAACAUGGCUGCUCACAGCUCCUGGCUGCAGGCUCGAGCUCAGGGGGCAGCCUUCCUGUCCCAGAACCCAGAGACCCCAGAGAUCAGUGAUGAGGACAGCUGUGUAGCCUGUGGAUCCUUGAGAAGCGGAGGUCCCCAGGCAGGAGCCCCCUCCCCAUGGCCCUGGGAUGCCAGGCUGAAGCACCAGGGGAAGCUGGCCUGUGGUGGAGCCCUGGUGUCAGAGGAGGUAGUGCUGACUGCUGCCCACUGCUUCAUUGGGCGCCAGACCCCAGAGGAAUGGAGCAUAGGGCUGGGGACCGGACCAGAGGAACGGGGCCUGAAGCAGCUCAUCCUACAUGGGGCUUAUACCCACCCAGAGGGGGGCUAUGAUGUGGCACUCCUGCUGCUGGCCCAACCUGUGACACUGGGCCCCAGCCUUCGGCCCCUCUGCCUGCCAUAUGCCGACCACCACCUGCCUGAUGGGGAACAUGGCUGGGUCCUGGGGCUGCCCCGCCAAGAAGCAGGUGCCAGCUCCCCUCAGACAGUGCCUGUGACCCUCUUGGGACCCAGGGCCUGCAGCCGGCUGCAUACAGCUCUUGGGAGCGACAGUAUCCCCAUUCUGCCAGGAAUGGUGUGUACCAGUGUUGUGGGUGAGCCGCCCCACUGUGAGGGCCUGUCCGGGGCACCACUGGUGCACGAGGUGAGGGGCACAUGGUUCCUGGCUGGGCUACACAGCUUUGGAGAUGCCUGCCAAGGCCCUGCAAGGCCUGCAGUCUUCGCGGCACUUCCCACCUAUGAGAACUGGGUCAGCAGUUUGGACUGGCAGGUCUAUUUUGCUGAGGAGCCAGAGCCCGAGGCAGAGACUGGAAGCUGCUUGGCUAAUAUGAGUACGUGGCCCUGGGGCCUCCCUGCUAACACUUCCCUCUCCAGACCCAUUCUCUCUCAAUCCAGGGAAAGAUCUGUUCUGACCCAACCUCUUGCUGCCCUGGGUGGGGUAGUGGACAUAAUUCUGGUUCCUCAUCAUUGUGACUUGGAGCAGGCCUCAACUUCUUCAAACCUCAGUUUUCUCAUCUGUCAUAGGGGUUAAAGUAGCACCUUCUUCCUCUUCCUUCCAGGGAGGGAAGAAAAGUUUUGAGGAUGAGGCCAACCCCACCCUCCUUCCUCUUCCUGACAGGCAAACCAGCUGGCUGUUGACAGGUGGCUCUGGGAUGCUGCAGACGCAGUGAGACAAUUCCUGCAUCACUGCCCCUGUACCUCCCCCAUUCCCUCCACCCACGCAUGAUUCCAGGCACUGGGGCAGGCCCAGCAGCCCCGUGGGCUCUGGGAAGGAGCACGCCUGGACCAGCAACUGCCCUUACUCCCCACCCUGCAGGCCAGGGAGAUGUCGCCUGUGGAUGCUUCCCUACACCCAGCUCCGCCGUCCGAUGCAGGCGUCCCCAGCCUUCCCUAGUCUUCCUCCCCUCAGAUAUGAUCACACCAGCCGCUUACUUUGAAAUUUUCUUUUUUGGGGGGGGGAGCAAUUUUCCUUUUUUUAAAACUUAAAUAAAUUGUUACAAAAUAGACUUUAGAAAAUAA